AUGGAAAUUAUCAGUGAUGAGGGAUCCCAUUUUGUGAACAAAGUGUUGGCUAGCUUAUUGGCUAAAUAUUAUGUGAGGCACAAAGUAGCUACUUCUUACCAUCCCCAAACUAAUGGGCAAGCUGAGUUGUCCAAUAGAGAGAUAAAAGGUGUCCUUGAGAAAGUGGUGAAUUUCAACCACAAAGAUUGGUCCAAGAGGUUAGAUGACGCAUUGUGGGCCUAUAGAACAGCUUUCAAGACACCAUUGGGGAUGUCACCAUAUCGUUUGGUGUUUGGUAAAGCUUGUCAUUUACCGGUGGAACUUGAGCACCGUGCUUAUUGGGCUAUUCAAACACUCAACAUGGAUUUGCAACUUGCUUGA